GAUGCGCAUUGACGAAGUGGGCGUAUUAUUGCUCGUUAGAGAAGCUGCAAUCCGCUUUGCUUUAUAUAGCCGUGUCUCGAGGAGCUGUGAAUAAUACCAUAUAUACUGCUGUAGAGGACUAUAAACUUGAGCCGUGGUCGUACGGUACGGGUACGCAGUGUGUUAGCGUAGAAAUUCGCCCGCACCGCCGCGAGCCAUGGAGGUGUUCGUGGCCAAGUUUGAUUACGAGAAAGAGAGGGAGGACCUGCUCAGUUUCAAGGAGGGUGAAAAGUUUCGCAUCGCAUCCAAAGCAGACAAGAAAUGGUGGGCCGCAUAUUCCGUGGAGACCGGGAGCUAUGGAUAUGUACCAAGCAGCUACAUGGAGCGCUAUAUCGAUACUUCUGAAAGCGAGUUUGUACACAACCUCUCAGAAUCAGAUGCAGGAGUUCAAAAGCAACAGGCACUACAGGAACUGAAGAAUAAAGUAAAGCCAACACCAGCAGCAACAGAGUUGACUGAAGGCUCAGAGGAUGGAAGUUGGAGUGAAAGCGAAAAGACAGAGGCAAUAAUAAUCAAACCACUAAAGUCGCUUUCAGUAUCGUCCAACGAUGAUGCAGAAUUGAUAGAACCUAAGAAGCUACAUAAUCCUGUACUGACUUCUAGACCCCACCUUCGCCUCACAAGGAACUGA